UAGACACAUCCUUUAUUUUCCUUUUUGUUUUGUUUUUGCUUUGCAAUUAGCAUUUGCAAGUCGAGUUGAAGUUGAAAUCGAUUUUGGCAGAAGCGUUUAGGUUAUAAUAAUAUAUGUGUAAAUAAAUUACGAUUACAAAACAGUGCAAAGUAAAGAUGUCUAAACCUGGCAGUUCCUCCGAGACAGCGGCUUGUGACAGCAACCAAGCACAAAUAGCGCAAAAGAACUGGGAAAUGGCUAACAACGUAGAAGUGGUCAGUUCCGUGGAUGAAAUAUAUCGAUACGAUAAAAAGCAACAACAAGACAUCUUGGCAGCAAAACCUUGGGACAAAGAUCCACAUUUCUUCAAAGACAUAAAAAUAUCAGCUUUGGCCUUAUUGAAAAUGGUUAUGCACGCAAGAUCGGGAGGUACCCUGGAAGUAAUGGGUUUAAUUUUGGGGAAAGUAGAUGGAAAUACAAUGUUUGUCAUGGAUUCUUUUGCUUUGCCCGUUGAAGGCACGGAAACUAGAGUCAACGCCCAAGCGCAAGCCUACGAAUACAUGAGCUCUUAUAUUGAAGCGGCUAAAUUGGUUGGUAGGCAAGAAAACGCUAUAGGAUGGUACCACAGUCAUCCGGGUUAUGGAUGUUGGUUGUCUGGGAUCGAUGUGGGUACACAAAUGCUAAAUCAGAAUUUCCAAGAACCUUUUGUAGCGAUAGUAAUCGAUCCUGUCCGAACCAUCUCGGCAGGAAAAGUGUGUCUGGGAGCUUUCAGGACUUAUCCAAAAGGGUACAAACCGGCAAACGAGGAACCGUCCGAGUACCAAACGAUUCCUCUGAAUAAAAUCGAGGACUUUGGCGUUCACUGCAAACAGUACUACUCCUUGGAAGUGUCCUAUUUCAAGUCGGCUUUGGACAGACGGCUGUUGGACUCGCUCUGGAAUAAGUACUGGGUGAAUACCUUGAGUUCGUCUAGUUUGCUGACCAAUGCUGAUUAUACGACUUGUCAGAUAUUCGAUUUGUCUGAAAAGUUGGAACAGUCCGAAGCAGCUAUAGGUCGAGGUGGAUUCAUCGUGGGCGGGGCGGACCCUCACGAAAAGAGGACGGAGGACAAACUCCUGAAGGCUACCAAAGACAGCUGCAAAACCACCAUCGAAAUUAUUCACGGCCUGAUGGCCCAGAUGAUCAAAGACAGAUUAUUUAAUAGCGUUACGCCCCAUUAGCAACUAAGUCCCCAAAUCCCUCAAAAUAUAUAUUUCACGUGUGACUUCUUCUCUGUUUUUUUAGCUAGCUAUCACUUGUACAUUUAUUUAUGCAACAAUAAAAUUUGUUUAAGUUA